GAAGGGUCUCCCAGAAAGGUCGCUCCGACAGAAACCCAAACAAGCCUCGUGAGCUGUCUGUCGCUUCUCGACCCCUUUCGCGUAGGCAAGGUAGAAUCGGCCAAUAGAAGCCCGGGGAGGGUUCAGCAAGUUUCGUUUGCGUACUCGAGGAAAGGGCUGAAAUUGCGUUAGCAGGAUGGGUGCGGAGACCAGAUUGGCUUCUAGCGGGUAGGUAGGAGGAGCCUGCCAGUGCGGCUUCGAACCGGGUAAGCGCCUUCUCUCCCCCCUGUGCUUGUGGCAAGGCGCGUCGACUGGGAGCUGAACCAGAGGAGAGGGGGAAGGUCUCUGGAGGACGCGCCGGUGAAGCAAGAGGACGCGCGCUUGAGGUGAUGAUGGUAUUAACGAAUGCCAGACAGCAGAUCAGGCACCUAUGACUUCCUCAACCUAUUUUGUAUCCCAGUUGGAAGAAUGGAUUUUUUUAAAAUACCUGGAGAAAUACUUUUUAUAUGUGAUCAUCUAUUCAACAAUGCUCCUUGUAGUGAUCCUGACACCUUUUAUCAUUCCUUUGUGCAUCCUCUUCUUUGUUUACCUUUCUUCUUUCUUCUGCCUAAUCUAUCAAAGGACUCAUAGACUACAAGAAGAUUAUUCCAGUAAUAGAUGGGAUAGUGUACGACUAACUGUAGCAAACAAGUGGGAUCAAUUUGCAAGAUUUUGGAAUGGUUAUGAGCUACAUGGAACAGAAAACCUGCCAGAUGGACCAGGUCUUAUUAUUUAUUACCACGGAUCAAUUCCUGUAGACUACUUAUAUUUUUUAUAUAGAUUGUUUAUUCUGAAGCGCAGGCUUUGCUACUCAGUGGCUGAUGAAUUUGUCUUCAAAUUACCAGGUCUUAAACCACUAAUAGAUCUGAUGGGUUUUAUGCGUGGUACAAAGGAGGAGUGUUUAAAUGUUCUGAAAAAUGGUCAUUUAGUUGGACUUUCACCAGGAGGAGUUCGAGAAGCACUGUUCAGUGAUCAAUCAUACAAGCUUUUGUGGUGUAAACGUAAGGGCUUUGCUGAAGUGGCCAUAGAUGCUAAAGUGCCUAUAAUUCCAAUGUACACCCAAAAUGUACGUGAAGGAUUUAGGACAUUUGGAAGUAUCACAUUAACAAGGUGGUUAUAUGAACAUGUAAAAAUACCAGUCCUUCCUCCAUAUGGUGGACUGCCAGUCAAAUUUCGGACAUACAUUGGAGAACCCAUUCGAUACGAUCCAAAUAUAACUGCUGUGGAAUUAGCUAAAAAGACAAAGGCUGCACUCCAGUCAUUAAUUCAAAAGCACCAGCAGAUUCCAGGAAACAUCUGCAGUGCUUUAAAGGAAAGAUUUCAUGAAGAAAAGAAAAAGGAUUAGAAUUUAGUUGUCAACUGUAAAUUUGUUAUGCUUUGACCCAGUGCUUUUUUCCAGAUAUAAUUUUUCUGAUCAGUGAAGAGAACUACCUUGUCUGCAGUAUCUACACCAUCACUUCAGUUGAGAGGUUUUUCCAUGUGUGGAGUGGGUCCUGCCAGUGAAGUGAGCUGGCAGCCUGCACACAGAAGAUCUCUGUUGCAUACCAAUUUAUUAGAUCAGUGUGGCUUUUAAAAUCUAUGUUUUUCAUGCAAUACACCAAACUCACAACUGAUUUCUUAUAUCUUAUGGAGAGCAUAUUAUUUGCAUAUUACAAAAACAAAUUUUGCAGUCAGAAAAUAACUACUUAGUGACCAUAAACGUCUGUGGCGGCACUUUGCUUUCAGCACUGUAAAAGUUUUCAGUGAUGAAAAACAAAACAGAAACCUUAAUAUUGCAUUUUCAGUGGGCUAUAACUUUUUGUUGAUUAACCUGCUGAUCACUUAACAGGUGCCUUCAACUAAUAUUGAAGCAUAUUUAAAAAUGUAUUUUAAAUACAAAUAUUUAUAUCAGUUCUGGAUGGCAGGUGUAGUAGGGAGUGGUAUGCUUCGGUAUGGUAUAUACAAUAUUUCUAUGUGAUAUGCAUGAAGCAUCUAAAAUAAGGGAAAUAUGCUGUUUCUUUCAAAAUUAUUUUACUGAUAUGCAGAUGUAGCCAAUUAAUUUAUUUAGCUAUUAAAAUGC